AUGGCAAGAAGGAUACUAUUUAAGGAGAUGGUGCUCAGCAGUCAGGCAGCGGAAGCGUCAACUGCUUCCAUCAUCACCAGGGAAUCUCUGGCUCUCCCUCUGCUGCAAUCUUUGCUUCAUCAUCGCACCAUGGCUCCCAGGGGUCGCUCGGCGAAGGCUUCAGCUGACGCUCCUCCUACUGACGCCAACCAGCCUGAGGUCGAUCAGCCUGAUGUCAACCAACCUGCUCCUGAAAGGGAGCCUGCGGACAAGCAGAUCGCGUCAGAUGAGAUCAAUACAGCUCUGAACAAUGAGACUGCAGCGGCAACCAUUGUCUCCACGUCAACCUUACAUGUUCCGGUCGCCGGCAGCUCCGGUCUUUCCGUUCAAGAUAAGAUGCAGUCGAGUCAGCCUGCUACAAUGGCGGAACAGCAGUUUCUGGAGGAUGACUCUGAUGAGGAGUUAGACAUUGAUAUCGCAAAGGAUGAUGCUUUUCGCCUUCGUUACACUGCGAUCUUACUCAUUCCGAUGGUUUUGUCUCAGGAGAUUAUAGCCAUCAUUGCUGCAGUACGUCUUCUCAUGCAGAAAGUGUGGUGCUCGUCUCUGACUCCGAAUGCCGGUGUCACGGAGAACAUUCAGGAGAUGACUCCUGGUUUUGUGGCCAAGACGCGGUUCUGUCGGCUGCAGAUAUCCUUCCUCGACGAACGCGAUGCUCACCACAUCAAGUCCCAUGUUUUCGAGUACCAGAAGACGAACAGUCUGUCGAUCAAGUGUAUCUGGCAGCACACGGAGGACCCAUCUUACCUGAAAGAGAAGGCUGCUCACCCUCUCGCUAUUGAAGUGUUGUUUAAACGUGUUCCUGCUAACGUUGUCCCGGAUGUGCUGAAGGAUUUGCUGGUCCGUUUCAAGCUGAAGAUGAGGAAGCAGUCAGCUUUCAAAGAAGGCUUCGCUUUCCACCGCGUGGUUCACCCGCUUACCGGAGCAGAUACCGAUGUGAUCAAAGGGCUGGUGGUUCAGCACCCUGCUUACCCUCUUCGCCUUACACUGACGCAAAUGUUUGCUUUCGCAGCUGCCUCCCUGUGUGCCUCCGCCUUAAUGACCCCCAUCCUCAAAGAUCCAGCCAUCGCACUUGUCUCCACCGGCAGGAACCGCGAGGAAUGGAUCUGCAGGCAAGUGUGCUGCGGGAAAACGAAGGGGAAAACUUUCAUGGCUGCUGCGGAACACAUUGUCUCCGCGUCCCAUCUGCUGAACCUGGAGAAGCUUGGAACUGCUACCAAAGCCUCGCUGGACAAGCUGAACCUUGCUCAUCUGAAGAAAGACUAUGGGCUCUGA